CCACAAGACGUCCCAGGUGACGGAGAUGGUGAAAUGAGUUCCAAAAGGUGCCGAACAGAGGAAACCAAAAUCUGUGAGAAAUGCUGUGCAGAAUUCUUUGAUCUCUCUGAAUUCCUUGAGCAUAAGAAAAAUUGCACUAAAAAUCCACCUGUCCUAAUCAUGAACGACAGUGAGGGAACCGUACCCCCUGAAAGCUUCUCUGAAGCUUCUCUGGGGAGCUUUUCAAGCGAUCGACUGGACAGCAGGACACGCAAGGACGUUCAGGCAAAGGGCUGCACUGGCUCUAUGGAAAAGAGAGAAGGGAAAAUUGAUGCUGAAUCGAUGGGAGGAAUGUAUCUUAAAAUAGAGCCCCCUGUUACACCUGCCGCUCCCGGGCUAAGCUAUUUACCAAAAUCCAAAGUACCUAACACUAAUGUGACUUUGCAGACGAUACGUGGCACUAAAGUGGCUGUGAACCAACGUACCUCUGAUGCCCUCUCUUCCUCAGCAGCCAGUUUUAAUGCCAUUCCGAUGAUCCUCGAGCAGCUUGUGUGUUUGCAGCAGCAGCAACUCCAGCAAAUUCAGCUGACAGAGCAAAUUCGUAUUCAGAUUGCCAUGAUGGCUCCCCAUGCCCUACACCCCUCUAUAGCAGCUGCUGCUGAUCCACUCAAAGCUUUGGGUGCUCAUAUGUCUCAGCAGCUGUCUGCUGCUGUUGCUUUGAUCGGACAAAAAGCUGGGAGCCAGAGCCUAUCACUGGAAUCCUUGAAGCAAGGAAAACUACCUCAUUCUAACACUGGCGUUGCGGCUGCCGGCUCUCUGGCUGCCGGGCUUUCCUCCUCCUUCCCCUUGAAGCCGGAGGCAAACAGAAGCUUCCCUGGUUCAAUUUCUCGGUUCCCGAAUCCUUUGCUACCUCAGUCCUCCAACUCCGUCAUCUUCCAAAAUCCACUUUCGGCCGUUUCUUCUGUAAUAGAUUCCUCGAAGAAGGGGAAAGGAAAACCUCCCAACAUUAGCGUGUCUGAAAGCAAACCGAAUGCUGCAGAAGAGCCUUUCUUCAAACACAAGUGUAAAUUCUGCGGCAAAGUCUUCGGCAAUGACAGUGCCCUGCAGAUUCACCUCCGUUCCCACACUGGUGAAAGACCCUACAAGUGUAAUAUUUGCGGUAACCGCUUUACAACCAAAGGAAACCUUAAAGUGCAUUUUCAGCGUCACAAAGACAAAUACCCGCACAUAAAGAUGAAUCCUUAUCCGGUUCCUGAGCACCUGGACAAUGUUCCCACUAGCAGUGGCAUCCCCUAUGGGAUGUCUGUACCGCUGGACGAGUCUAACCUAAUUGUGGAUAGUAAGCCUCUCCUUACAACCCUGCCUACCUCUGUGGCUACCAGUGUUCCUCAGAACGUCUCCAAUCUAGCAGGCAUCAAGGAGUCUGUCACUGGUACGUUCUCAAGUGACCUGCCAUCAAGGCCUUCUCCAGAAAGCGAAGGUGGCUCUUCCUCAUCGGGGGCAGUUGGUCAUGAGUCUGGCACAGAACAGAGCUUGAAUUCACCACAAGCAACCUGCAGCGUGAGCAUCUUCCAUGUAAGCGGGUCAAAUGAGCAAGGUUCGGAGACAUCAAAGCUUCAGCAACUGGUUGAAAACAUUGAUAAAUCUACUGCUGACCCCAAUGAGUGCCUGAUCUGCCACAGAGUGCUGAGCUGCCAGAGUUCACUCAAAAUGCAUUAUCGUACUCACACCGGAGAGAGGCCGUUCAAGUGUAAAAUCUGUGGCCGUGCCUUCUCCACUAAAGGAAACCUUAAAACUCAUUAUGGUGUCCACCGGGCCAAUACCCCUUUGAAGAUGCAGCAUUCAUGUCCUAUUUGCCAGAAGAAGUUUACAAACGCAGUUGUGUUGCAGCAGCAUAUCCGCAUGCAUAUGGGGGGACAAAUACCUAACACACCAAUGCCAGAAAACGCCUGCGACAGUGCUGACGUGGAUCCUGCAGUGGCUGAGAAGAACGGAGACGUCAGCCGCCCAGAUGAGAACGUGGAAAGCAUAGAGAUGGAAGAGGACCUGGACUCUCAGGAUGGCCCGAGGAGUUCUUCAAAGCCUCCUACUCCGUACGAUGCACAAUCAGAUUCCCCGGCCACGGCAGCUGGUUUCUCUGGGAUCGCAGCACUGGAGAAUCAAAUGAAAAUUGUAAACUCUACCUUGAACUUGCAGCGGCAAAGUAGCUUGAAGUCUAGUGACAACGGCUCAGCAGAAAGCGAUGGCAUGACAAACGAUUCUUCCUCUGUGGCGGGAGACCCAGAUUAUCAGAAUGGCAGGAGUCCUGCUGCCUCUGAGUCCGCAUCCCUCCACGCCCUGUCCCCAGCCAACAGCCAAGCUGAGAGCGUGAGGUCAAAGUCACCUAGCUUCAACAAUCAAGAAGAUGCAGGUGUGGGAAAUAAAGCGGAGGGUCCUGACAACACAUCUGCAGAAAUGGAAGGGGUUGGUGCUUUGGAUUUAACAUAUGGCAAUAUUGGUCGAAAGGUCAUUAAAGAAGAACCUGGCUUACACUUUGCCAAUGGAGAAUAUGGUCGAAAUAGUAUUCCAGCUGCUUUUGUUAGAGCCCCACCAGCCCUCAUAAAAAUGGAAAUACCCAGCGAGCGUCCCAUUAGCACUAGCCAUUUCAUUGGCCCACCGGCUCUCUCGCCUGGUGUUGCCCCGCUCCUCGUGCCACGACCGAAAUUCUGCCGUCCGGCCAAACAGCACAUCUGCACUACGUGUGGGAAGAACUUCUCCUCCGCGAGCGCCCUUCAGAUUCACGAACGGACCCACACUGGUGAAAAGCCGUUUGCCUGCACCAUCUGUGGGAGAGCCUUCACAACAAAAGGAAACCUGAAGGUCCAUGUAGGAACUCACAUGUGGAAUAACUCUGCCAGGCGCGGAAGAAGGCUCUCAAUUGAUAAUCCCAUGGCUCUGCUGGGCAAUGAUCCCAAGAAGAUGUAGUGUCUAUUUUUCUAUUAAUGACCACUGUAAUGAACUGAGAUUCAAGCAGAUGCUUCCAUGCACUAUCUGAAACCAAAACCUGAUGUAUUAGUGGAAGCACCUGAAGACUUACUGGACUUACCUUUCACUAUUCCUCUAAUGUCUGCUGGAACUGUAUGUGUAAUGGAAUCUAAACUAGAUUGGAAACUAAGUGUUUGGUAUGAAAGGACUGAAUGAUGGAGAAAAGUCUGAUUUUUGACUGCAGGAAGUCUUCAAGUCCAGUCUCCGUUGUGGAAGGCCCCAAAAAUGCAUAUUACCAAAAGUUUGUGUAAUGUUGUUGCACCUGAUUCUUGCUUAUGAUCUCUGUAUGCCGAGUUGUGCCUUUCCUGCUGGACUUGUAAGUAAGAACAUACCAGUACCUGUUUACACUGUAAAAUGGAUAUUGUUACAUAGAACAUGCAAAAGGCAUCCCAAUUGUCAAGUUUCUGCAUUGUGAAUGUAUGACUUUUAAGAACUCUGUAGUUUUGAGUAUCUACUGAUGCGUUUCUGUUGACAUUUUGAGAAUAAAUUUUUUGGGAUGGCUUUUUC